UGAUCUUACAGCUGUUCAGCACCUUCUCACUGGAAGGCUAAAGCUACGUGUUGGUGCUGAAAAGAAGUCUAUUCUUCAAAUAUUCUGCAUAUUCUCCAGAAGUGAUAUUAAACAUCGCCAUGAAGCUGCUGAUUGUGUUUGCACUCCUUUGUGUAAUGAUCCCUCUGUUCAUUUCUGCUCAAGAAGGGGGUGAGAGUGGGGAAGAGGAUAAGACAUCAGAAGAGCAUCUUCUAGAGAAGAGAAGCUUGUGGGGCAGACGUCGGCCUGGUGGCAUCUGGGGUGGACGUCAGUCUGGCGGCAUCUGGGGUGGACGUCGGUCUGGUGGCUACUUGGGCAAACGUCAGUUUAGUGGUAACGUCAAUUGGGGCAGAGGUCGGUUUGGUGGUAACGUCAACCUGGGCAGACAUCGGUUUGGUGGUAACGCCAACUGGGGCAGACAUGGGUUUUCUGGUGGACUCAGCUGGCGAAGACGACAUGGGAAUCAGGUGUAUGAAUGAUAUAUGCCGCACUAUUGACACCACUUUUAUCUGGGUCUGAAAAAGAAGAUGAUUCCUGGUCUUUGAUGGAAAGCAUGGUUCAUCGCACCAAGAAGCAAAUAAUUUCAUCCAACUCCCUGAACUAUCUUUUCACCCUUUUACAUCUUUACUUUUUUUCUUUUGCUGUAAUGUUGCAUAAUAAAUGAAGCAACAAGUGACACAAGCUGGAGUGGACUGAGCCGUCUCUUUUAAGAGCAAACGCUAUUCAUUUCUGUUCUUAUUAUCUUCAUCAUUAAAC